UACCCCAUGUUAAAUCAACCAGUAUUCAUAUUUGUUUUUGUGUGUAGCGGACUUCUCAGCUUCUUUAUUCUGGUGGUUCAAUUGCUGGUGCUCAUAUCACCUUGCGUUGAAACUACUGAUGAGGCGAAUAAAACGCUGAAGAUUAUUUGCAUGAUCAACAUGGAGAACAUCCCACUUGCUAUAAGAGAACGUUUGGAAGCAUUCACACUGAUUAAUCGCAGAAGCGUUGAGUUCUGUGCGUGUGGCCUGUUUGAACUGAACCCAACCCUUAUCACUUCGCUGGCAGGUACCGUGGCAACUUAUCUGGUGAUACUUAUUCAAAUUAAACCUGAUGAAGAGUAUUAAAAAUCCUCACCAUGCCAUUUCGUGACAUGACAACUCCAUAAUACGAGAAUCCAUUCUUCUCUACAAAUUCUCCAGCACCUAUGGAACUUAAGGCGGGAUGCACACCGGAGAAACGCAUUUCGUGAAGCCCUCUUUCAUGAAACUUGUU